AAAGUGAGUCUUUGAGCGUGUGUACAGGCUCAUCUUUCUCACCAUUUCCUGGCAAUUUUUUUCAUUAACAAUAAUAAGUAGGCUAUUUCCAGGCUUCUUGCUAAAUGUGUUUAUUUUCGAAGAGACUUAAUGGUUAUGACGUAAAAUGUAGGCAACGUUUCUCAAUUCUUGCAUAAAUCACAAGAGUCUUAGUAGAAAUCGUGGUAUGGAAGAAAAAUUGAGAAAAAAGUGAAGAUUAGGGCUAUAUUCCUAGGCCUUACUCUGUCCGUGGCUGGCUGCCCGUGACAAGGUGCUUGGAGACAGAAGCGUGUUCAUAAUUCAGGAAAAUCACUAUUCUAAAUGAUAGAGCGAUUGCAGUCGCUUUCAAAACAGAUUCUAGUCUUCAUACAUACGCGUAUAAAUGAAAUAUUAUUAGUAAAAUUGCAGUUCUAGGAUGGAAAAUGACAGUGUUUGUUAGAAAGAUGCACAGGAGAGAAUUUAAUUGCGGACAGCAAGAAAUGUCGAAACGAGGCGUUUUUAGAAAUAGCCGAUUUCAUUUUUCUUAAAUCUUACUACAUUUUUAAUAUCAUUUUACGAAUGAAAUCAAUGGUGCCGAAAACAAAUUCACUCCAGGCUAACGCCUACCCCAGUUUGAGGGAAUAUUUAAAUGGGCUUUUUUUCUUCUUGUACAUGAUUUAUUUAAAAAAGCAUUAACUUUUAAUGUUUUUAAUUGGCCCCAUGAGGAUACCGCAAGGGGUAAAAGAAACUUCCCUUAAGCUGGUGGAGGCGUCUGUCAAUCAAGCUGCCGAUAUAUAUACAGCAGCAGACCUCGCGCUGUCAUUUCAGAGACUGCAACAGCUCGAGGAGUGGAACUGAAACUCUUACUUGUUACCUACAUCUGAUCUGAAUGUGCCGCAGUUGAACUCUACAGCCAAGACGCUUGAACUUUCACAUAAAAAAAGGAUUUCCAAAACUCGGUUUUAUUCACAAUUUUUUCCCCCCUGCAAGAUGGAUCAAUCGCUACAGCAAAGCGUGAAUAUUAGCCAGACGAACAGCUCUAUGGACAGGCACUCAGUCUUCGAAGGGGACAGUCAGGAUUUAUUUCAUUCUCAGGAAUUGAAAUUACUGAUACCGACCAUUGUAGGGAUCAUUUGUGUGGUGGGCUUUACCGGGAACAUGAUGGUGGUGGCCGUCCUGGUCAGCAACGCCCUCAAGAGCAAACUGACCCUCAUCAACGGCCUCAUCCUCAACCUGGCGCUGGCCGACGGGCUGGUGCUGGCGUUCGCUGCCCCCUUCAAGGGCGCCGCGUACACCCGGGCUGGCUGGACCCUGGGCUGGUUUGUCUGCAAGACCUGCGACGGGUUCCUCAACUCCUGCAUGGCGGCAAAGAGCUUCACCAUCGCCGCCAUGGCCAAGUCCUGCUACCGCUACGUCAGCAACCCCGGCAAGCAGGUGAACAUCCGGCAGAAGGCCGUGCUCACCGCCCUGCUCUUCACCUGGCUGUCCGCCUGCCUGGUGUCCCUGCCGCACUGGAUGUUCACCACCCUGCAGCGGGACGGGGAAGGGCAUGGGGACGAGCUGGCGUGCGUCCAGGCUGUGCCCGACUUCGCCCGCGACGCCAUGGCGGUGUACGUGAAGGCGUACCCGCUGGUGGCCUAUUGCGGACCCCUCACCUUCGCCCUCCUCUGCUUCUGGCGAGCAUACGGGCGGUGCCAGCGGCGGUCCAGCAAGACCCAGAACCUGCGCACCCAGAUUCGGUCCCGCCAGCUGACCGUCAUGCUCUUCAGCCUGACGGUCGCCACGGCGAUCCUGUGGCUGCCGCAGUGGGUGUCUUGGGUGUGGGCGCGGCACGCGGAGGAGAACGGGGCCCCGCCCCCGCCGCCGCUCUUCGCCGUCUCUGCCGAGCUGCUCAUGUUCUCCAUCUCGCUGGUCAACCCGCUGCUGGUGCUGGCGCUCUCUGAGGAGUUCCGCGACGGCUACGCCGGGCUCUGGCGGCGCUUCACACUCCGGAAGACGCCGCCCCCCAAAAGCAAGAUGGGCCCGCACACGCCCUCCGCGCCCCGGUCCCCCUGCCCCCGCCCCGAGCCCGCUGGACACCCACCUCCACACGCCGCCGACAGGGCGGAGCAGCCCAAACGGGACCGGGACCGGGACCAGGACCCCAAACCGCGGGCCGAGGACCCGGACAGCCCCACCAACAAGGACGGCAUCGUCCUGCCGGACCUGGAGCAGUUCUGGCACGAGCGCGAGACGGGCUCCACGGCGCCGGAGAACGACCCGAUUCCCUGGGAGCACCAGAACCAGGCUGAGGUAACCCAGGAGCGCUGAGCUGCCGUUUCACAACCCAGCGCACCUCCAACCCAACACCCCGCACCGCCAACCCAACACCCCGUAUCUCCAACCCAACACCCCGCACCCCCAACCCAACACCCCGCACCGCCAACCCAACACCCCGUAUCUCCAACCCAACACCCUGCACCGCCAACCCAACACCCCGCACCUCCAACCCAACACCCUGCACCGCCAACCCAACACCCCGCACCGCCAACCCAACACCCUGCACCGCCAACCCAACACCGCGUACCUCCAACCCAACACCCUCCAACCCAACACCCCGCACCGCCAACCCAACACCCCGCAUCUCCAACCCAACACCCCGCACCCCCAACCCAACACCCCGCACCUCCAACCCAACACCCGGCACCGCCAACCCAACACCCCGUACCUCCAACCCAACACCCUCCAACCCAACAACCCGCACCCCCAACCCAACACCCCGCACCUCCAACACAACACCCCGCACCUCCAAGCCAACACCCCGCACCUCCAACCCAACACCCCGCACCUCCAACCCAACACCCCUCACCCCCAACCCAACACCCCGCACCUCCAACCCCACACCCCGCACCGCCAACCCAACACCCCGCACCUCCAACCCAACACCCUGCACCGCCAACACAACACCCCGCACCUCCAACACAACACCCCGCACCUCCAAGCCAACAGCCUGCACCGCGAACCCAACACCCCGCACCUCCAACCAAACACCCCGCACCUCCAACCCAACACCCUGCACCGCCAACCCAACACCCCGCACCUCCAACCCAACACCCUGCACCUCCAACACAACAGCCUGCACCGACCCAAUUCACACAGUAACCGCAGCACUUCAGGUCAAACGGACUGCUGAAAGGAUCUGACCGUGCACUUCGCAAGUGCAAACUGAACUCAGCUUGCUUCCUUUUUUUUGGUUACAGUAAAUAUUUACUUUUGGAUUACUGCAAAUUGAGAAUUGGGAAUUUGAAAAUAGUCACAUUUUUGCAAUUCACAAGAUUCGACAUUCCAUUGAAGUGGUCUCAAAUAUACUCCUGCAGCCCAAGAAAUUGUUACAAGGAGGUCCCUCGCAAAAAGUAUGUUUAAAAACAAACUGAAAAAUAUACCGAUGAAAUAUCCACACCCAAGAGAACAACUGACAGACCUUGGUCACAGCAUCCACAUAAAGGGAAUUUCACUGUAAAUAGUGUGUGUCAUUUGUACAUGUUUGGGUUUUUUGCAAAUCGUGCCUGUCAGGUGCUCAGUGUAAGGUCAGCAGCAUGGAUUUUUUCAGCCAUUUUAAUGAGGCAGAUUUGUGCAGUAAUUACCAGGACAUAUGUAUUUUGUAAUGUUUUGUAAUAAAGUGAAUGUUAAAACCUC